CAACUAAGGAUUGAGGAUGCGAUCCGAUUCAAGAUUCAGAAGUUGGAAAGGGUUAAGUUGUUAUCCACUCAAGAAAACAUCUACCGGGUACUUGUUCUGGAGUUUAUUAGCACUCUUACCAUUCAAGACAUGAGAGGUGUCGCCGACCUUGAAGACAACAUACAAUUCCAAAUAGGAGGAGAGCAUCAACAACUGUCAAUCCAGGAAUUUACAAGAGCCAUGGAUAUUUACUCGGCGGAUGUUGUUGAAUCAUUGGACGCCUUUGCCACCUUGACAAGGGAAUUCGACUUCCCAUGUUUCAAGUCCUUCUAUGAAUCUAAAGUCAAGAAAUCCAACAGUCGAUCGUGUGAUGUCAAGUUAUCAGAGGCUAGUAAGGUGAAACCGGAGUGGUGGCUCAUCCACCAUGUGAUUGAUAGGUCCAUGGUUGGAAAGAACCGAAGCAAAGGCAAUUUGACUGCCCGAGACAUGAAUUUCUUCCAAAGCAUGCACCUACAUCAAUCUUUUCAGCUCAUUUUGGCCAUCUUGUCCAUCUUCAAGCGUUAUGAAACAGAUCAUCCACCCAUUGUUCUUCAUGGAGGAUUUUUUGUCACACGUCUUACCAAGUUUUUCCAAGUCAACUUUGGGGCUGUGCAAUUUCGGUUGCAUAGUAAGACUAAUCUUAUUUCCUUCGACGUCCUGAAAUCGAGAAUGAAAGUCUUGCACAUGAAUGAUGAUGGCAUUUGGGGAGUACGUGGAUUUUCAUUUCCAAUUACUAACACGUUGGACGUGGAGGAUACCGUGUUCUGCCUUUCGGAAGCUACGACAGUAAAAGAACGAAGAGGACUAGUCAAUAAGGAAGAACAUGUGGAAAGCAUGUAUGAGGGAGGAGAGGCCCCUCCAUCCACUUCUCAUCCGGUUCCCCCACCAAUCAACAAUGCAAGGAAUUAUCGAGUCGAAGCGAUGAUAGCGGCGAUCCUUCACAAUCAAAGGAGGGAGAAGGAAGCGUGACUCCACAUCAUGGCGUUCAUACAUGCUAUAAUGAAGAAGAUGGAUAUUUCGAUUGAAGAUGUAUCACUUCAACUGGCUCGCUCCCCUCCCUUGCACCAUUCCAAGAAGAAGAAGGACCUUCCGAGGAGGAUUGAGUACUAGACAUCUAGGGCCUAAGUUCUAUCUUUUCUUUUUCUUUGCUUUUAUUUCUUUUACUUUAAAACAAUGUUUAAUUAUUGCUUUAUUUCCGUUUUAAUUUUCGUACUUUAAAUAUUCUAGUACUAGUAGUAAUCGUACUUGUAUUAUCUAUUUAUCUUACAUAUAACUCUUUCUAUGCGCUUUAUCGUUGUGAAAAUCACCAGGAAGACAAAGACCUACACUUGUGUACCUUCACCAACCCACAACCCGACCUAUGGUAACCUUCAUUAUCUUCUCUUCUGAAUCUCCCACAUUGAGAACAAUGCGUUGCUCAAGUGUGGGGGAUGUGUGUGAAUGCUUGGAUGAUGAUCAUGAUUAAUUGAGCCAUUAAUUGCUAGUAUCCCCCCUUGUUUAUGAAUGUAAGACGUUGAUGAAUGCUAAUGGGAGUGUAUGCUAGUGAUUGUGUGUGUGUUUGUGGUGUUGAAUGGUCAAAUGAUAGUGUUUUGGAACAUUGAAUGCAUUACCCAAAUGUUUUCAAAUUUGAGGGUUCCAAAACACCUUGUUCCCUGCAGUCCCCCUAAUCAAUAUGCUUUGAAUUGAUAGAUAAUUGAUGUGUUGUUCUCGUUUAGGGAGUAGUUGCAUGAUUAGAGUACCAGUGUAUGACGGAUUUUACUCUAUUCUUCCUCUUUGGUGAGUUGAUAAUGUCUGCUAUUUUAGGCAGAACAUGUGUAUGGGAUUCUCCAUUAUUGUUGAACUUGAAACUUUUACAAAUUUGAGCUUAUUGUUGAGAAAAAAUAUUUUGAGAAAUAGGUUCUCACGUGAGACGCACACCAAUCCUCAAGACUCAGAGUGCUCUUUGAGGAUAUGUUUGGGGAUCAAAUAGUUUUACCGUGUUCCAACCAUCUUUCAGUACUUACCAUCCCCCAAACAUCUUUCCUCCUCACGGAAUCGUAUGUCAAGGUAUAAAGUACCUUUCAGCUAUUCAAGAGAACUCAAAGCUCUCGUUUGUACCAAACAUGUGUGGCAACCCAAUGUGGAGUGCAAGCUGGGAAGUGGUGCUCGUGCUAAUACGAAUCUGCCCAUCAACUUUCUCGCAUUUGACCUUAAAAGGGAAGGCAAUGAUCCAUCCACUCUUGGUCAUGAGGAAGAGAUGCUUAUUUGCAAAAAAGCUUGCAAAAUUUUGGUGCAAUGUGCGUCAACGUUGAAAAAGGAGACCAAUAAACGACAACUCCUAAAUCGAAAGAAAGAAUAAAGAGCACCCUCUUGAGUCCCUGAGAUUAAUGGUUGUUGAGAAGUCCAACGGUGCACACCUUGAAUGUGCAUCCUAAGAUAGUAAGUAUGGUCCUCACCCAAGAGUUUGUGCAUGCACAGUAAGAUGAUAGUAACUUUCAUUCUUCUCUAUCUACUCUUCUUUAUGCAAUGAAGAACUAGAGUGCAUCCCACCUUGAUUUGUCUAUCAAGGUGGGUAUUGCGGCUUGAGAGCCCAAGAUCACACCCACACCCACCCGCUUCCCUACUCUUCUCCUCUUUCGCCAUUGCCAAUCUGAAUAUGUAUCUCAGAUUUCAUCACAGAGAAGUCAGAGAUCAAACGAUUGGAUCGUCACUGCUAUAGUCGAGAAGGAGAAGAAAUCAGGGUAUAGUUAAAGAGGAAGAGUGAUAGACCAAUAAUUACAAAUGUUAUAC